AUGCCGGGGCCGCCGCCGCCGCCGCCGCCGCCUCCUCCUCCCGGAGCUGGCGGUCCUCCACCUCCUCCUCCACCUCCUCCUGGAGGUGCACCAGGUGGCCUCCCUGGACGUCCUCCGCCGGGUCGAGGUGCCCUUCUUGCCGAUAUCAGUAAAGGCAGGGCUCUCAAAAAGACCGUCACGCACGAUCGCUCUGCCCCUCAGGUUGCCGGAGGUGUCGCAUCGUCUGGGCCAGCAGUCGGAGGCGCGCCGCCUGUUCCAGGCUUGGCGCCUCCUGUCCCUGGAAACCGCGCAAGGAGCAACAGUGAUCAGGGUACCGGAGCAACGUCAGCCGGGCUAGAAUCUGCGGCGCCGCAGCUUGGUGGCCUGUUCGCGGGUGGUAUGCCCAAGUUAAAGAAGAGAGGUGGUGGUGUCGACACUGGACGAGACUCAGAAUCCUCGUACUUGUCUGAUCCCGGCGAGUCAAAAUUCUCCGCACCUAGACCACCUGCUUCUGCACCUCCACCACCGUCUGGUGGCGCUCCCGUGAUCCCUGGAAGACCAUCUUUGCCUGUGCCUGGUCCUGGUGGUUUGAGAAAAACGAGUGGAAGGGGACCGCCCCCUCCUAUAGGAAAGAAGCCACCUGCAAUACCAACCUCUCGGAAACCAGCUUUGAAGCCGACGAUUACAUCGUCCCCUGCUCCUCCCCCUCCCCCGCCUCCCUCAGGAGCGCCGGCGCUGCCUCCACCUCGUCCGAUAUCAUCUGCCCCAGGCGCGCCUCCGCCGCCGCCGCCCUCAAGUGCACCUCCUUUGCCAGCGGCUGCUCCUCGCUUACAGCCACCCCCUCCACCACCUCCUCCCGCCAGCUCCGUGCCCCCCUUUGCAUCGGCCGUGAAUCGACCCUCGGGACGAUCAUCGCCUACGACAGCGCCUCCGCCCCCUCCACCUCCUCCGCCGGGAGCCGCGCCCUCACCACCAGCUGCACUUUCGUCGCCGCCACCCCCUCCGCAAUCCCGUAGCCGUGGCGCGUCUCUCCGACAAUCUAUGCUCGAUCCUAGCGCCUAUACGCUGUCUACAAACGGGUCUUCUUCACCAACCCCUACGCCGAAUUCGAAAACCUCGUUCCAUUCACCAAGCCCAAGCCUGGGUGGCGGGGGUCGCAUCUUCAUCAACGAUUCGAGAUGGCACUUCCAGGGGGACGAUCAGCUUCCAAAACCGAGAGCCUUUUCAGGGGGUAGCCAAAGAUACAGAGCAGGCAGAGGAAGCAGUGUUCCGCUCGAUUUAAGCGCAUUUUAG